ACAAAAAAGAAAGUUUUGGGUGCGUCCUAUUUUCAAGCCUGAAAGAAGAUUUUUACAAGGCGCCAGUGAUAAUUUAAUUGUAGAAAUGUUAAACUCCAAUGACCCAAAGUAUUGUAAUUUCUUGAGGUUGUCAUCGAUAUUAUUUGAAAAACUAUUGGAGAUUGUUGGACCAAAAUUUCAGAAACAGUAUGCAGUUCGAGAGCCAAUUCCACCACGUACACGACUGGAACUUACUUUAAGGUAUUUAAGCAGUGGAGACAGCAUGGCAUCCGUGUCGUAUGCGUUCCGUGUAGGAAAUAAUACCACAUCAAAAAUUAUAUCUGAAACGUGUCAAUGUAUUUGGGAUGAAUUACAAGAAAAAGUUUUUCUCAAUCCAACAGCAGAAAAUUGGCAGAUGGUAGCUAAAGACUUUGAAGAACAAUGGAACUAUCCUAACUGUAUUGGAGCACUUGACGGUAAACAUGUUAAAGUUGAGGCCCCACCGAAUAGUGGAUCCACGUAUUACAAUUAUAAAGGAGACCACAGUAUAAAUUUAAUGACGAUUAGCGACGCUAAAUAUUCUUUCUUGCUGUUGGACAUUGGUGCUGAAGGUCGACAAAGCGAUGGAGGUGUAUUUCGAAAGAGUGAGAUUGGUAUCCGUUUUGAAAAUGGAAAUAUGAAUUUACCCAAACCAACUCAACUAGAAAUGAAUAAACCGGAACUUCCAUAUAUAUUAGUGGCAGAUGAGGCUUUUGCCUUAACACCAUAUAUAAUGCGACCUUUUCCUCGAAAUACACAUGAUCUUGAUCUUGAUCUAAGAAAGAAGGUAUUUAAUUAUCGCUUAAGUAGAGCGAGACGAGUAGUCGAAAGCGCUUUUGGAUUGCUCGCAACUCGUUGGAGAAUUUAUCGUAAACCAAUAAAUACCUCUUUAACAACAGCGAUAAAAAUUGUGCAAGCUACAACAGCUUUGCAUAAUUUUAUAAUCCAAUUUGAAGCGUCACUACCUUUAGCAGAAAGAACUUACUGCAGAAAUAACCAAGAAGAAAAUACAAAUUUGAUUUAUGCAAGUGCAUUUACAGAAACAGAGUCACUCAGAGAAAACAGUCAAUAUGCACAAAGUCAAUAUGCUGUACAAGUGCGAGAGCAUUAUACCGAUUUUUUUAUGAACACUGGUGCAGUCGAUUGGCAGUGGGAUAAGGUGUUAAGCAAUGAUUUUUAA